AUGAGUAACAAGUUACCUAUAGAAAUACCAGGUUUUUUUUAUGAUCCUGAAAAAAAAAAGUACUUUAAAAUAACAAGUAGUAAUAACCCUGAUGUUUUACCAAUAAGCAGCAUAACCAAGAAUACAGUCCGUGGUAACAAAUACACCUCUAAUAACAUCAAAGCUAAUGAAAUUUUGAAAAAAGAAUUAAAGGCACGCCAAAGAAUAGCUACAAUUAAAAAAAUACAAUGUUUGCAACUAGAAAAUGAUCUUCAAAUAUAUUCAAAAUAUUCAAAAUAUGGUCAACAAAAGACAAUUAUUGCGAAUCUUUUAAAUUGUAAACUUCACGUUUUCUCAAUCAAAUACGACACUAGAAUUAUAAAAAAUGUGCAAAACAUAUUUAGAGUUGAUGCUGAUUCCAUAUUGGCUGUUUGUGAGCAUGGUUCAUUUUUAUUAAAAAACCAAAACACGUAUUGUUUUUCUUCAGAAAUGUUUGAAAAUUUUAACUAUUCCUCAGGUAACGAAAAUAUUCAAAUUUUCCAAGAUUCUAUCAACAAUGAUCUUUUAAUAGUUAAUUCUGAUACCAAGAAAUUAAUUAUUAUUGAUUAUUCAUUACGCAAAAUAAUUGUUUCCAACGAUGCAGGCCUAAAAAAAGAGUUAUUGAAUUCAAACAGAACUAUCCAUCAAUUUGCACGUUAUACGGACGAUUUCGGUAAACCUUUUUAUUUGAUUUCAAGCGGCGGACGUCUUUCUGGCGUUAACAACGAAGGUGUAUUGGAAGGGCAUGCAAUAUUGUCAAAUAAGAGCGAUAUAUUAGCAUUUGCCAAAAGGAAUUAUGUUGCGAAAGGGGACCCAGGACAACAUUUUUGGAAUAAAUAUAUGUUGUGUGGGUUUCGAAAUGGCAACGUGAAACUAGUGGAAUUAUCAAAGGACAUUGGUCAUCCGCUACAACCAAAGAAGGUGUUAAACCAAAUUACGUUGGUGUCUAGUAAUAACAGACUUGAAAAUAUUAUAGAUAUUUAUUUAUAUUCGCCAGAUUCUACCGACUAUUGUUGUAAUAAAAAUAAAUAUGCUUUUAUUUUUUCAGCUCAGAGUUUCGGGCUAUAUCAGCUGUGUGACAUCGAUCCCAAUUAUACACAUAUGGCUACCGGAGAUAUUAACGCCAGGUUUAAAAACACAUCUAGUUUUGAUAAAAAAAGAAAAUUUCCUCAAUUGAUAGAAAAAAUAGACUUUAUUAAUAUUUUCCAAGAGAGUGCAAUUAUACCCACAGCGACUACUUUAAUCUUCCGGAAAUAUCAAAAAUUUCUAAUCUAUGGGAAAAAAAAUACACCUUUUAAAAAUUUCCAGAUAUAUUUGUUGGACGAAUUAUUACUUGCCAAUUCGGACCUUCCUCAUAAACUUUACCCUAUAGCAACACUUGACGAAUUUAUUAAGUCGCAUUGCAUUGAAGAAACUAGUGAACUUAUAUCAAAUGUAUUGGUAAAUAAUUUAGUUUGUGAGAUUUAUAUUAUAAACGUUAUACUGGUGAUAUUGUCAACAAAUGUUAAAACUAAAGAACUAACAAAGGUAUAUUUAAGUCCUGGUUUGAUAGAUAAGCAUACCAAACUCCUUGAUGUAUAA